GGUAGCGCGCCGUUCGAGGCACCGGACCUUUUUUCCCACGACCUAUAUAAAGCCCCGCUGAACAGGGUGAUGCACGACACAUAAUCCGAGUACCUUGGCGAGUACUGAUCCCCGGCAGCGCUAAGGAGCUAAGCGAUUUCGUUCGAGACAUCAUGCAGGUCUUCGUCGUUCUUUCCGCCGUUCUGGCUUGCGCCUUCGCCCGUCCUAGUGUCCUACUGGACGUCCCGGCGGCCACUCUGACGCACGUCGCACCGUUGGCUUACGCCAAGGUGGUGCCGGGUGCCCCGAUCGGGCUGGACGGUCGAGUGGUGGACACCCCGGAAGUCGCCCUGGCCAAAGCCGAGCACGCGGCCGCUCACAUCAAUCAGAAGAUCGAUCUGGCCCAGGAAACAAUCAAGUCGGCUGAUCAUGUGGUCGCUUACAGUGCACCGGCUGCCGUAGUGGCCACCGGAGCGCAGCUGGUGCAACCAGUUGCAGUGGCGACGAAACUGGUUCCCGGUGCGCCGAUCGGGCUCGACGGGCGCGUCGUCGACACGCCGGAAGUGGCCCUCGCCAAGGCGGAGCAUGCAGCGGCGCACGUGAACGAGAGGCUCGGCCAUGAGGCCGCGAAACUGGCCUCCCCCCAUGAACUCCCGGUCGUCGUCUCGGCUUACGCCACCCCGGUCAUUCAUUCCUACGUCUGGUCCAUCCUCCUGCUCGCCACAGUGGUGACCUGCAGAGCCGGUUACGUCGGUCCACCGUCGUACGGCAACCCUCUGCUCCACUCUCAGGCCCAGCAAGUCGCGCCGAGCUAUGCGCCGCCAGCUCCGGUCGGCGAAGACGGCAACGUCAUCGACACGCCGGAAGUAGCACAAGCGAAGGCCGCGCACUUCGCCGAAUUCGCGAGAGCCGCAGCACGAGCGGCCGUGGACGAGAAGCAACGGCAGCAGCAGCAGCAUGUUUCUGGUUACAACCCCCACAUCCCGUCGUCGACGCACAUCUACCCGGCGGCUCAGCCAACCGCGGUCCCCUACCUGAGGCAGACCAACUACCAGCAGCCUACGCCGAUUUACCAGACUGUCAACCACGUACCGGCGUCCAUCUACAACCCGGGACAUUACCAGCAACCACAGCAAUACGAUGCUCGAGCGAACUUCGUGGGCCAGAAGAACUACGCGCUGCCGUCUAAGUCCACCACCUUCGUGCCAGCGCCGUUGGCUGAGGACGGCACGGUUGUGGACACGCCGGAAGUGGCGGCUCUGAAGGCUACCAGACUCGCCGAGCUCGCCGAGGCUGAGGCACUAGCUUACAAGCACGCCAGCACCCAGCAGUACAAUCCAGAGGAGAACCAGGGUCAAGCUUAUCAUGGGCCAUCGGUCCCUGGACCAGCUGCUAUCAACUAUCUAGGAGCAGGUGCUGCCGUAGCGAGAAGUCCGUAUUAUGGAACUCAGUCUUACGCGAAUUACCAGCCUCAACAUUAUCGACCCCAGCAUCUGAUAGGAAACUACGUACUCCUGACCGCGACGAGCCUGUUGAUCAGUAAAUCACAGCAGUCGAUACCGUUGCACGGCUACCGUGGACCGUGGGCGCCUCUUUCCGGCGACGGUACAGUCAUAGAUACGUCUGAGGUUGCCCAAGCCAAAACCGCGCAUUUGGCCGCACAUAAAUCUGUGGCGCCUCUUGGACAGGACGGACAGGUGGUCGAUACACCGGAGGUCGCCGUAGCCAAGGCCAAGCAUCUAGCGACACACGCUCGCACGGUCGCGACUGCGGCGACUGCGGAUCAGGAAUUGGAAGCCCACGUGCACGGGAACCUGCUGUAUCUGACACCGGUCCGCUUGGUAUCGUCGGCCGCUUAUCGGGGACCACCUGCUCCACUGGGCCCGGACGGCCAGGUUGUGAGCGAUAAUGAUAACCGUCGGUCUUCUCUCGGAUAUGCUAAUUCUAAGAUGACGAGGGCGAGAAGACGGGUACUACGGACACUUCACAGCACUUGGCCCGAGCCCUUCCGUGCGUGUACUCACGAGGUGUACUCCGAUCAUCGCGGCGGGUCUCCUGCUCUCGAAGUGGUCGUCUUAAUCUCGACUGUCGCAGUGACUUUAGCGACGCCGGCGUAUUAUCAGUAUCAUGGGCCACCCGCGCCCAUCAGCCACGAUGGGAGAGUACUGGACACGCCGGAAGUAGCCCAUGCCAAAGCGGCGCAUCUCACCGCCGUGGCGGAAGCCGCUGCCAGGGUGCCGCACGGUUCCUCCUACUCGGAAGACGGAGCCUAUCACGGCGGAUAUUCGAAACCCGUGACGGUGGGCCACCAGACGUACCACAGCGGAUACGGAUAUCACGGACCCUCCGCUCCGUUGGACCACGAUGGUCGCGUGAUGGACACGCCGGAAGUGGCUCAAGCGAAAGCCGCGCACUUAGCGGCCUACAAUCACGUAGCUUCCUCGGCACCUCGCACGACCGACGAGGAUCACUCGCAACUUUACGACUCACCGUCGUACAGUCACGGUUAUCACGGCCCGGUCGCACCCCUGUCCCACGACGGCAGGGUCGUUGACACCCCCGAAGUGGCGCACGCUAAACAAAAUCAUCUCGCCGCUCACGCCGUCGCGCGUCAUCACGAUUAUCAUGGUUACGAUGCCUAUUGAUUUCCUCGAAUGCAGAAACCGACGAUCCGCCCUUUCAACAACCACUGAUAUUGACGACAACGUACUGUUCAAUCUCGUAAAUCAACGUCCUAUCAAUAUCUCGUCAUCGCAACGUUGUAUAAUUCAAGGAACACGUUUCUCGAAUUUAUGCAACUCGUUACGGCGUGCUCGGGUUUGGUGACGCGUCGUAAAUCACUCAGAUCUUCGACCGCAACAUUCAGACUGAGGCGCAAGACUCACGGCCGUUUGCUCAAGCUACUUAAUGUUGCCUAAGGAACAUGUUUUAGCUCGUAAGAAAUAUAUAGCAUUUCGUUGUUA